GGCGAGGGAGCUCCUGUCGGAGAGUGAAGCUCCGCUGCUCUCAAUGAAAGAGGGGGAGAACAGUAAUGCAGAGGGAUGUAAGAUGGCAGAGCUACAAAUGUUGUUAGAGGAAGAGAUCCCGGCUGGAAAAAGAGCGCUUGUGGAGAGCUACCAAAACCUUUCAAGGGUUGCGGAAUAUUGCGAGAAUAAUUAUGUGCAGGCACAAGACAAGAGGAAAGCCCUUGAGGAAACCAAAGCCUACACCACGCAGUCCCUGGCAAGCGUGGCCUAUCAAAUCAAUGCCUUAGCAAACAAUGUGCUACAGCUGCUGGAUAUUCAGGCUUCACAGCUGCGCAGGAUGGAAUCUUCCAUCAACCAUAUCUCUCAGACUGUGGACAUUCAUAAAGAGAAAGUUGCCAGACGAGAGAUCGGGAUCCUCACCACCAACAAAAACACGUCUCGGACCCACAAGAUUAUCGCUCCCGGCAACAUGGAGCGACCUGUGCGCUACAUCAGGAAGCCCAUAGACUACACCCUGCUGGAUGAUGUGGGCCACGGUGUCAAACAAGGGAAUAACCAGCCUGCUCGCGGUGGUGGAGGAACAUUAUCAAGGACCAACCCACCCACACAGAAGCCCCCCAGCCCACCCAUGGCAGGGAGGGGUACUCUGGGACGAAACACUCCGUAUAAGACCCUUGAGCCAGUCAAGCCUCCUGUGGUGCCUAAUGACUACAUGACCAGUCCAGCACGUCUGGGUAGCCAGAACAGUCCUGGACGCACGGCUUCACUCAACCAGAGACCCAGAACACACAGUGGCAGCAGUGGGGGCAGCGGCGGUCGAGAGAACAGCAGUAAUAGCAUGGGAAUCCCUCUGGCUGUGCCAACACCCUCCCCUCCCAGUAUGGCACCAGUUCCUCCAGGUCCAGGUCUGGGUCCAAUCCCCAUGUCUCAGUUUGGGACAAUCUCUCGGCAGAUCUCCAGACACUCCUCCGCCACUUCCUCCUCCGCCUCCAUGGUAUCAGCUACAGGCACCUACCGACGUGCCCCCGCCAGCUCCUCGCAGUUCUCUGUGCCACAGCCUCACCUAAACGGAGGUCCCACAUACCCCCAGAACACAAUGUCUGUCGCUCCACCGCCUCCACCCAUGGUGCAGCUGACGCCCCAGAUUCCCCUCACUGGCUUUGUGGCCAGAGUUCAGGAGAACAUAACAGACAGCCCAUCUCCACCUCCUCCUCCUCUACCUGAGGACACGGUCAUAUUUGAGGAAGCUGCUCCGCCCCCUCCACCUCCACCUGUGGAUUAUGAUGAAGAAGACGCAGCCAUGGUGCACUACAAUGAUCCGUAUGCUGAUGAAGACCCCCACUGGGCCCCGAAGUCCUACCUAGAGAAGGUGGUGGCCAUCUAUGACUACUCAAAGGACAAAGACGAUGAGCUUUCCUUCAUGGAGGGCGCCAUCAUCUACAUCAUCAAGAAAAACGAUGACGGCUGGUUCGAGGGAAUCUGUAAUGGCGUGACCGGACUGUUUCCUGGCAACUACGUCGAAUCCAUCAUGCACUACGCUGACUAAGCUGCCAAUCAGUUACAAACAUUGCCAAGUGCAUUAGGAUAUGACUGAAUGUUUGUUUUUGUCCAAUCGCCAAGCUUCUACAAUGCUCUUUGUUUGAGGAGACAGGGCUUGUAAUGCUUUUACACAGAAUAUGAAAGGAAACAAACCGAUCUCUCUUUAUUAUGGUUAGGUUGCCUCAUAUAUUUUGUACGUAUAUUACAGUGAGAAAUUGCCUGUAGGCUGUUGCUAGUGUUUGUUUUUGUGAGUAUUUUGUCAGUGUACUGAGACCCGUGUUUGCCAGUUGUCAGCUAGGGCUAGUUAGUUUUAUUUCCAUCAAUUAACUGUCAUGCUCUUCCUUUACGUCAGGAAGAAAUGCUUGAAUGUCAUUUCUGAAAUGUUAUUAUGCCUGGCAAAGAAUAUGAAAAUGACAAUGAUUUUGUGUCCUGCGUUUCGACUUACGGACUUGCUGAUAUUUUCUAUAAUUUUGCCUCUCUUAUUUCGUCUCAUGACUUUAAGGUGAGGGUAAAAACAGAUGCAGUAAGGGGCAGAGAUUCUCCUGGAUAUCAAACUAUCAUAUUGGCGAAUUUCUCGAAACUGGUCAAGAACAUGUAUGGGUCAUUUCAAUCUAAAUAUCACAAGAAAGAAUUAAGAAAUUAUAUUUUGCUUAAAGAAAACAAAUCCUUUUAUUAAGACUAUAUAAGGAAUAGUUCUCUCAAAAACGAAUAUGCUCUCAUCAUUUACUCACCUUCAUUCCAUACGAGAUGUGUAUUACUUUAUUUCUUCAACUGAACAAAUAGUUCGAUUUUUAGAAGCAUAUUUCCGCUCUGUAGGGCGAUACAGUGCAAGUGAAUGUUGACUAGAACUCCAAAAGCUGCAAAAAGGAGAUAAUGUCAGUCUAGAAGUAAUCCAUAAGACUCCAGUUGGUUUAAUCAGCGUCUUCUGAAGUGAUCCAGUUGGUUUUGGGUGAGAAACAGACCAAAAUAUAUAACACUUUUUUUACUGUAAAUCUUGCCAUUGCAGGCUCUAGGUUCGAUAAAGAUUUCAGGUUCGAUUUCACUUCCUAGUGCUUCACAUUAACACUAGAUGGUGCUAUAGGAAGUGUAAUCAAGCUUAAAAUCAUGAUCAUCAAGGACAGUGCUGUCAAGAUGUACAGUGAAAAAAGGAGUUACAUUUUGGUCUGUUCUCACUCAAAGCCAACUUGAUUACUUCAGAAGACAUUGAUUAAACCACUGAUGUCGUAUGGCUUGCGUUUAAUGCUGCCUUUAUGUGCUUUGUGGAAUUCUGGUCACCAUUAACUUGCAAUGUAUGGACCUACAGAGCUGAAAUAUUCUUCUAAAAAUCUUUGUGUUCAGCACAAGAAAGUCACACACAUUUCAUUUGUCACAAUUGUCAUUUUUGGGUGAACUAUCCCUUUAAGGUGUUUUACAUUGUGACAUUAUUUUCAUGAAAAUUAAGCACAUUUUCACCACACAUUAUCAUUGCAGUAAUGCAAAAAUAAAUAUAUAUAUUUUCAUUACUGUAAUGUGAAAAAUAAAAAAUAUAAAUAUUUUCAUUAAUGUAAUGUGAAAAAAAUAAUGGUUGUAUUUGAUAUUAAUAAAAAUGGCUGUAUUUGUUGGACUACCUCUAAUUUAUGCUGAUUUAAAUAAAAUUUAAAUUCUAUUACAGCAUUUUUUUUUUUACUGUAUUAGAGCAAUAAGAAUAGCCUUUAAGAAUAAUUAGAUUUACACACACAAGUAAAAUGUGCAGAUGCAUGGUAAUAGGAAAUUCCAUAAGAAAUAUGAAAUUUGGGGGAAUGUGAUUAAUUUACAUGAAAAAUAAUUUCACAAUGCAAAUAAAUCUUUUAGAAAGUAUAGAGACUUCUUUGCAAAACAGGUCUACAAUUUAUGGGGAGAAAUGUGACCCGGACAUAUGCUGUGUUUCUUGAUAGUGAUCGGAAAAUUACAAUUGUUGUUUUAAACUGCUGAAGAAACUUUUUUUAUAUUGCACUGACCAGAGGACAGUGGCACACUAACCAGUCCUAAACAUUGCCCACAGAUGAAGUAUUUCUCACAGAAAAUAUUUCAUACACUUGAUUUUUUUCAUGAAGUAGCAAAAAGCCGUUUUUGUAAGAAGGUUUGCUGAAUUUAAGUGAUAAUCCAUUGAUUUCUUUCAAUAAUCAGGUUUAGUGUUUAGUACAGAUGAAUGUGAGCUCAUAAAUCUGAAACUAUACGAACUAUAAGCAUGGGACAAACAUCAAGUUGUUUCUGUUUUUUUAAGAAGUGUCUCAUACUGCUGUUAAAGGCGAGCAGUGUUUGAUUACCACUUUUAUUUAUUUAAUCCAAUUCAAGAUUUGAGACUGUACCUCACAUAUAGAGCUGUCUGAACAAUGAUUACUUAAUGUUAAGCAUUUGCAAGGCCUUGUCAUAAGAUGUGCAAGUGAUCUGUAAUUUAAAUGUUUCUUUGCAGAAUAUCUGCAAAUAAUAUAAUCUCUAUUAUUGUUUUGUAUAUAAAUACAUACAAUCUGUUUUUUUUUUUCUUUUUAUGUACAGUCUCUUUUAUAAUAAAGCACAA